CUUUCUUUCUAGAACAGUCGUCGACGAAUCACUAUAUUUGUCGUCGAACAUCAUUUCAUUGUUAAUUCCAUACGUCAAAUUUCUCUUAACCACGUUAUUUUCUUUUAAUUUAUAAUGUUUGCCCAAGGCUUACGUGUGAUUAAGUCCGCCAUAUUGAAUCCGGUUCACAUUCGGUCCAAUAAUUGUCAACAGUUCCUUACCGAAAAAAAUUCAAUUAUGUCUUAUGCAAGAAAUGGUGGAGGAAGAAGUAAUGGUUCCUAUGGAGGUGGUGGUGGAGGAGGUCAGCGGUAUGGUGGUGGUGGUGGUCGUGGUGGGGGCAUGGGUGGUGCCAAGAAAAAUCCUGGUGCCAAUUUGCAAGCUCCUAAUUGGGACCGCGUCCAACUUCGACCAUUUAAGAAAGAAUUUUAUGUUCCUCAUCCUACUAUAGAGAGAAGAUCUUAUGAAGAAGUUGAUAAAUACAGAACAAGCAAGGAUAUCACUGUCAUGAGUUCGGAUAGAAGCCCUGUUCCUUACCCGAUUCAACAUUUUAAAGAAGCAAAUUUUCCAGAUUAUGUUAUGCAAGUCAUACGUAAUGAAGGCUUCACUGAACCUACUCCUAUUCAAGCACAAGGUUGGCCUAUUGCAAUGAGUGGUAAAGAUAUGGUUGGAGUAGCCCAAACUGGUUCAGGGAAAACUCUAGGUUAUACUCUGCCUGCUGUAGUUCAUAUUAAUAAUCAAGAGCCAUUGAAAAAAGGUGAUGGUCCAAUUGCUUUAGUCUUAGCUCCAACUAGAGAGUUAGCUCAGCAAAUACAAAAGGUUGCUGGCUUGUUUAAUCAAUCCACAUAUUUAAGGUCAACUUGCAUUUAUGGUGGUGCUCCAAAAUCUCAUCAGGCUAGAGAUCUUAUGAAUGGUGUUGAAAUUGUUAUUGCGACACCUGGGCGCCUAUUAGAUUUUUUGGAAUCUCGUGCUACUAAUUUACAACGUUGUACCUACUUGGUUUUGGAUGAAGCUGAUCGUAUGCUUGAUAUGGGUUUUGAACCUCAAAUUAGGAAAAUCAUACAACAAAUUCGACCUGACAGACAAGUAUUGAUGUGGUCUGCUACAUGGCCUAAAGAAGUACAGAAAUUAGCAAAUGAUUUCUUGAGUGAUUAUAUUCAAUUGAAUGUUGGUUCAUUGACAUUGUCUGCCAAUCACAAUAUUUUGCAAAAUGUAGAUGUAUGUCAAGAACAUGAAAAAGAAGACAAAUUAAUGGAUCUUUUGCAAGAUAUCAGCAAUAUGGAAGAAAAUAAAACAAUUAUCUUUGCAGAGACUAAACGCAAGGUGGAUACAAUUACACGCAAAAUAACCAAUAUGGGAGCCAGGGCUGUUGGAAUCCAUGGUGACAAAUCUCAAUCUGAACGUGAUCAUGUAUUAAAACAAUUUAGGAAUGGAAGAGCCAAUAUCUUAGUUGCCACUGAUGUUGCUGCUAGAGGUUUAGAUGUUGAUGAUGUUAAAUUUGUUAUCAAUUUUGACUACCCUAACAAUUCUGAAGAUUAUAUUCACAGAAUCGGCAGAACUGGUAGGUCAUCACAAAAAGGUACCUCUUAUGCAUUUUUCACUCAUUCCAACAGCAAACAAGCGAAGGACCUCGUAGCUGUUCUUACUGAAGCCAAUCAACGUAUUGAUCCUAAAUUAGCUGCAAUGGCUGCUCGUUCAUUCCCAAGCGGAGGUAACAAAUGGUAUGGUGGCGGUGGAAACCGAUCUUGGGGAAAUGGAGGUGGAGGAAGGCCUGCACACAGAAAGUUUUAAGUUCUCAACAACAGUAUUCAAGAGUGUGUAAUUAAAUGAUAAAUUGUCGUUCUUAACUUGCUGGUUGAAAAUGAUUCUGUUUGAUUGGUAUUGUAAACAACUAUUAUUGUUCAUUCCUCCUUAUUCCAUCCGUACAAUUACAGCCGUUGUAUUCAGAGAUUUGACUUUGGAAUUAAUUAAUAUUAAAUGAGUUUUCUAUUCAUU